UACCGCCUGAGUUGUCAGCCAACCGGCGUGAGGAGGAAGUGGCGUGGAUUCUCGCGCAAGGAAGCACAGACUGGCGCGCCAAUUUUCAAAGAACUUCCUGGGAGAAAAGGACGCGAAAACUGCCGGGAGCUCGCAAACAAUUAAGUCACUACAAAAUCCUUCCGGAUUGUCAUUUAGUGGCUCUGCAAGUUACAGCAAACAGUUAGCAGACAUAUAGUACUUAAAUUGGCAAGUUGAUAGAUUGUCAAAGAUAAUUUCUUAUAAUAUUUUACACAAUAGAACAAGUUUUAAUGUCCACAUAUGCUGUCUAGGACACUCAUUACCCCCUGUUCGUCAGCCACUUUGCACAUACACUGACCGAGACAGAGAACAACCAUGACUGUUUAAGUCUACCUGAGACCAUACCUAGUCAAUUAUUGGCGGUGACGGGGGAGGACGUUGCUGGUUGGUCACCAUGUUGUCAGGAGCCCAACCGUGUUUCCAGCUGCUGAGGAUAGGCUCCUCCUUCACCGACUCGGCCCGUGACCUGUACACGUUCCGGCCGGUGCUCACGCACUCUGUGUUCCGGCUGGGCCGUGCGCCGGAACUGUGUGAUGUCACGCUGGAAUCUGCCACCGUAUCCAGGAUCCACGCGGAGCUGCAUGCAGAAAGGGAGUGGGUGGGUGGAGGAGAGGAUGAGGAGGACGGCUGGAAGGUGCAGAUUAAAGACCGCAGUAGUCAUGGUACCUGGGUGAACGAUGUCCGCCUUCAGGCGAGUGUCCAAUGGGAGCUCUCGGAUGGGGACACGCUCACCUUUGGCAGCCAAUCGAAGUGCGGGAGACCAGAGUUCUACUUCCUGUUCCAGAAGGUGCGCGUGCGCCCGCUAGACUUCGAUGCUAUCACCAUCCCGAAGGCGGGCUCCUUCUCUUCGGACAUCCAGAACCGGAUCAGGACCAGUUUGGACCGGAAGGCGGCGGCCAACCUAGACCUGUCCACCCUCUCUAUAAACCGAGCCACCGUCAUCCUCAACUCCAUCGGCAGCCUGAGCAAGAUGAAGGGCAGUCCCUGGACCUUCAAGAGGAGUGACAGCAACACCUCUGACCCCAGCUCCAACUCCCCUCCUCCCUUCUCCCUCCUCCCUCCGUCUACCCCUCCUCCCUUCUCCCAUGGGACCUCCUCGGCGAUGACCUCUUCUAAGUCGGUCCCGCCUUCGUCGAAGAGCCGGCGUAAGUCGGCCCACACGGUGCUGCUGGAGGACGACAGCUCUGACGAGCCCCGGAACCCUGGGGGUGGGCUGGGUGAGGGGCUCAGGCCCAGGGGCAAGAAGAGGAGGCGGCUCUACAAGUCAGAGUCUGAAGGCUUCAACCCCAUGCCUCCACCAUCCAGUAAGAUGUUUGAAGAUGGACGUUUUUUUCCGGAAGUCCGACAGCCAUUCGACUUCAAAAACCGACCCACCAUCGGGAACAAACCAAACAGAAACUGCCAUGGCGCGGUAGCCAACGUCAAGCAGAACCAUGUGACUUUCAGCUCCAAUAAGAGACGAGAUAUGAUAGAUUCUCGCCACAGGAUUGGCUCACACACUGGUAUAACAGUCUCAACAUUGCACCAGCAGAAAGCCUUCUCUACCUCAGCUUCGCGUGGAAGGCGGAGGGCCCACAGCUCCCCUGCAUACUCCCCCCUGGUGGUGGGAGGAGAGAACUACACUCUGGCCUCGCCCUCCCUGAGGAUCUGUAAAGAGGAGCGGGGGAGGGCCCAGUUCGCCAGGUUCCACGUAGCUUCUGGGAAGCGACGAGGCAGGCCCAGGAAACACCUUCCUCCCCCGCGGCCCUCCCUCCCCUCUCCCUCCUCCUCUUCUUCCUCCUCCUCUUCUUCCUCCUCGUCCUCGUCGUCCUCCAGCUCCUCGUCCUCCUCCUCCGAGGGCGAGGAGGAGGACGAGGAGGAGGAAGGCGGGGCCCCGGGGGUGGAGGCGUGCGCGGCGCCGCGCUGCCUGCUGCCCCAGCAGGAGACGGUCCAGUGGAUCCAGUGUGACGUGUGCGACGCCUGGUACCACAUAGACUGCCUGCACUGCGACCGCAAGAGCCUGCUGCUCGACCCCAACGCCGACUUUCACUGCGGUUGCCGCUGACCCCCCCCCCCCCCCCCCAAGAACCAAGAAUGACCACUCUGGCCCCUCCCCCACCUCUCCCAUUACCAGAACUGGCCCUGACCUAUCCAGGUUGUGGUUUUUACCCAUCACAUGUUCGUACAGUUCUUUAGCUGUAGGGAUAUUUUUGAAUAGGAAGUUUGUGGAAAGAUCUGAUUGGAGAUCAUCUUGGAGGGGAAGAUGUUUGGGGAGACUUCCUACGUCUCUGGGAAGAUCAGAGCACACAAUCAGAGCAUGCUAAGAAUGUUUGGAUUGUACCACAAUGACAGCAUGACAUAGGGUGGGCAGCAAAAAGAAUGGGGAACAUUUUGAAUACAAAUAUACAUGAUUAUUGAAUGAUGGGAUGCAGCUUCCAGCUUUCUUAGAGGGGUUCCUAGUCCCUCCGAUAUAGUCUCAACAUGGGGGGUGGGGUCGUGUCAAAACAUAAACACCUCCAGCUCCUGUUUUCUACCUCCAGUUAAUCACCUGCCACUGAGGUUAUCUGAGGGUGUACAUAUGAAGUUGAUCCUGACAACAUAAACAUCUGGCCUACAAAAUGGAUUCUUGCAUACCUAAUGUCUGCUUGGGUUUCUACUAGGCAAUGUUGACACUCAUCUUCAGCUUUACUGUUUUAAACAAGACUAUUCACUGCUGCUGAUUAUGGGGGUGGGCACUAAAGAUGUGUUGACCUUGGGGGUGUGCCCAAAAGACAGGUGAGAUUCAGACAUGCUUGUGAUUGGGAUUAGUAGUGUGGAAAGCGAUGUAGGGGGAAAUGCAUUGUGAUGGUUCCUAGAAUCCUCCGUUACAAAAGAGGGUUUCCAGGGUGGGGUGUCUGGUUUUUCAGUGUGCAUUUUCCCCCCCAUGCACAUAUCUGUGUAUAAAGUUGCUUUUUUUGUUGGAUAAAUGAACAAGCUUUAUGACUGAUAUGCAACAUCCCUAACUCUCAAAAGCCACAGGUUCAUACAACACACAAGUCUUUCGGGGUAUAAAACCAGGCAAAUCUAUGAGUUCCACUGCCUUUGUUUGAACAAUAUUCAGGUCAGCUGCCUUUAUCAGCAUGUUAUAUUCCAGGUUGGCUAUUAAUCCCAGAUAAAAUUAACCUGUGUCGAUUUGUCAGGGACAAAUUAAAGAUUCAAUUGUCUUUCAA